AAAUUAAAUCAACAAUGUUUUAAAUACGAAGUUGCAUUCAGAAUCUCUAAAGGAAAUGUUCACUUUAAUUGUUAUAGUUUUGGUGAUAGCCAUUUAUUAUUAUGGAACUCGAAAUCACGAUUACUGGUCAAAAAGAAAUGUAAAAUAUGAUCGACCUUGGCCUAUCUUCGGUAAUUACUUCAAUUAUGUAUUUGGCAUCAAGAGUAUCACUGUUACUACAACUGAGUUAUAUAAAAAAUAUCCCAAUGAGAAAGUGGUGGGGAACUAUUGUGGCAACACACCGGAGCUUAUCAUUCGUGACCCAGAUAUAGCAAGAGACAUUUUAAAUGUGGACUUUGCACAUUUUUACCUGCGAGGAUUGGGUAGAGAUAUUAAAAAGGAACCUCUGCUACAAAAUAUUUUUAAUGCUGACGGUGAUUUGUGGAAGCUUGUGCGCCAAAGGUUGACGCCAGCAUUCACUACAGCUAAAUUGAAAGGUAUGUUUCCUUUAAUAGUGAAGUGUGCAGAAAAACUUCAUGAUUUAGGGGAUGAAAUUGUCGCAAAGGGUGAAGAGUGCGAUGUACGAGAUCUUAUGGCGAGAUUCUCUACUGAAUUUAUUGGCGCUUGCGGCUUGGGUAUUGAAAUGGAUACAAUGACCAAUGAGAAUUCUGUCUUUAGAAAUAUAGGAAGAGAACUUUUCAACAGAUCGCUUCAUGAUCUUCUGCUCUUAGGUGCCUAUGAAAUCUUACCAGAAAUAAGAAAUAGUGUCGUUAUAUUUGAUAAAAAAUUAGAAAAGUUCUUUGUUGACAUGAUCACAAAAGUUUUUAAACUCAGACACUAUAAACCUUCGGGUAGGAACGAUUUCGUUGACGUCGUAUUAGACCUAGCAGCGAAGGGUAAGAUAAAAGGAGAAUCCAUUGAACAGAGAAACCCAGACGGCACACCGAAGGAAGUUGAACUUGAAAUGGAUCAAUUGUGCUUAAUAGCUCAAGUAUUUGUUUUUUUCGCUGCCGGUUUCGAAACUUCAUCUUCAUCAACAAGUUACGUUUUACACGAACUAGCUUACAAUACGGAUUUACAACAAAGAAUUCAGAAUGAAAUUGAUCAAGUUCUAACAAAAUAUGAUAAUAAAUUGUGUUACGAUGCGGUAGCCGAAAUGACUCUUCUAGACUUGGCAUUCAAAGAAGCCUUAAGGAUGCUUCCACCUAUAGGCACUUUGCAUAGGACUUGCGCAAGUCAAUACACAAUCAAUCAACUCGGCAUAACUAUAGAUCCAGGAGUCAGAAUCGUUAUUCCUGUGCAAGCAUUACAAAACGAUGAAAAAUAUUUUGAAAAUCCUGAACAAUUUAAGCCAGAACGGUUUGCGACUGACGAUAACGUACCGAAAUACGUAUAUUUGCCGUUCGGAGAAGGACCUCGAGCUUGCAUAGGAGCUCGUUUGGGUCAAAUGCAGUCACUAGCAGGACUCGCCGCACUAUUGCAUAAGUUCUCGGUGGAACCAUCAAAGGACACACAUAGAAGAUUGCAGAUAAAUCACCGACUACACGUCGUGCAGGGCGUUAAAGGUGGCAUACCAUUAAAACUGAAAUUAAGAAAUAUAUUCAACAAUGUUUUAAAUAAGAAGUUGCAUUCAGAAUAUCUAAAGGAAAUGUUCACUUUAAUUGUUUUAGUUUUGGUGAUAGCCAUUUAUUAUUAUGGAACUCGAAAUCACGAUUACUGGUCAAAAAGAAAUGUAAAAUAUGAUCGACCUUGGCCUAUCUUCGGUAAUUACUUCAAUUAUGUAUUUGGCAUCAAGAGUAUCGCUGUUACUACAACUGAGUUAUAUAAAAAAUAUCCCAAUGAGAAAGUGGUGGGGAACUAUUGUGGCAACACACCGGAGCUUAUCAUUCGUGAUCCAGAUAUAGCAAGGGAUAUUUUAAAUGUGGACUUUGCACAUUUUUACCUGCGAGGAUUGGGUAGAGAUAUCAAAAAGGAACCUCUGCUACAAAAUAUUUUUAGUGCUGACGGUGAUUUGUGGAAGCUUGUGCGCCAAAGGUUGACGCCAGCAUUCACUACAGCUAAAUUGAAAGGUAUGUUUCCUUUAAUAGUGAAGUGUGCAGAAAAACUUCAUGAUUUAGGCGAUGAAAUUGUCGCAAAGGGUGGAGAGUGCGAUGUACGAGAUCUUAUGGCGAGAUUCUCUACUGAAUUUAUUGGCGCUUGCGGCUUGGGUAUUGAAAUGGAUACAAUGACCAAUGAGAAUUCUGUCUUUAGAAAUAUAGGAAGAGAACUUUUCAACAGAUCGCUUCAUGAUCUUCUGCUCUUAGGUGCCUAUGAAAUCUUACCAGAAAUAAGAAAUAGUGUCGUUAUAUUUGAUAAAAAAUUAGAAAAGUUCUUUGUUGACAUGAUCACAAAAGUUUUUAAACUCAGACACUAUAAACCUUCGGGUAGGAACGAUUUCGUUGACGUCGUAUUAGACCUAGCAGCGAAGGGUAAGAUAAAAGGAGAAUCCAUUGAACAGAGAAACCCAGACGGCACACCGAAGGAAGUUGAACUUGAAAUGGAUCAAUUGUGCUUAAUAGCUCAAGUAUUUGUUUUUUUCGCUGCCGGUUUCGAAACUUCAUCUUCAUCAACAAGUUACGUUUUACACGAACUAGCUUACAAUACGGAUUUACAACAAAGAAUUCAGAAUGAAAUUGAUCAAGUUCUAACAAAAUAUGAUAAUAAAUUGUGUUACGAUGCGGUAGCCGAAAUGACUCUUCUAGACUUGGCAUUCAAAGAAGCCUUAAGGAUGCUUCCACCUAUAGGCACUUUGCAUAGGACUUGCGCAAGUCAAUACACAAUCAAUCAACUCGGCAUAACUAUAGAUCCAGGAGUCAGAAUCGUUAUUCCUGUGCAAGCAUUACAAAACGAUGAAAAAUAUUUUGAAAAUCCUGAACAAUUUAAGCCAGAACGGUUUGCGACUGACGAUAACGUACCGAAAUACGUAUAUUUGCCGUUCGGAGAAGGACCUCGAGCUUGCAUAGGAGGUCGUUUGGGUCAAAUGCAGUCACUAGCAGGACUUGCCGCACUGUUGCAUAAGUUCUCGGUGGAACCAUCAAAGAACACACAUAGAAGAUUGCGGAUAAAUCACCGCCUACACCUCGUGCAGGGCGUUAAAGGUGGCAUACCAUUAAAACUGAAAUUAAGAAAUAUAUAAUUAUCUAGUUCUGUUAUCUUAA